AUGUACAAAGGUAUGGCAAGCAUAGUGGGCCCUGGAGAACAGCAACAGCAGACAGUUGUGCACGGUGAGAGUGAAUCACAAGAGUUGGGUGGAGGCGAGAGUGGUAGAGGUCACGAGAGUGGGUCAGCACUACACUCAUCUGAUAGCUCUCAACAACAACAUACUGCAUACUUCAACAAGGACUCACUCACCGCUGACUUCCAUGUUGUCGCUUCAAACUUCCAGGAGACGCCAGAUGCUGGGGAGAGCUGGGGUGGAGGGCGAGGCAACACUCACACACACGACUGCAACGAGAAAGACAUCACAGUAUGUAUCAACCUGCUCGCGGUCCUCACCAAUAAGGACCUCGGGUUUGCUGCCUCCGUAGACGAGCUUAACAGAAUGUGUCCAGUAUUACUCAACGGGUUGCAGUGCAUCGACAACUACACGAGGAGAUGUCUGACACAGAAGCACCGGGAGUAUUUCAACAAGUUGUAUGCUGGCACUAUCCAUGUCAUCAAGGACCUGUGUAACACUAAGGGCAGCUACCAGCAAGAAUACCUGCAUCACGCUCCAUGUAUGAGGCAGGUGAACCCUAAGUACAACCAGUGUUCUGAGAUCUACCAUGAGAAAACUGCAGGACUCAACCACAUCAAUGAUGCCAAGACCAAUCUCAGUGAUGAUGACAAGAACAAGAAUGUCAUCACCCUUUGUUGUUCUUUCCAGGAGUACCUUCAGUGUUCUGAAAGAGUUGUCUUUGAAACUUGUGGUAAUGAAACAGCAUUGUUUACAAAGGAAUUCCUGGACCGUAUGGCUGGACCCAUUGUCCAGGAUAUAUGUCAAGCCUUUUCCUUUUCAUUACAUUCCUGCUUGCAAGACUCCUCCACUACCUCUGCAGGGAUACCUCUUCAGAUUCCCUCUUCCUUGAUGACCAAGGUAGCCUCACCACCUGCCCAUCACACCACCAGUUACAACCUAAAAAACAGCCACACAUUAAAGGAUCUUACUGCAAGCUCCAUGCAUCAUACUGCUAAUACCAAUACUUCAGCUUUGUCAAGAACUCAGCUUGAACACCGUAAACUCUUCUUGAAGGAAUCUGUCGGGCAGUCUCGGCACUUCAAGACUAGGGAUGCUCUCAUGAUCUCAGGUGCUGAUCAUGACUCGACCAGCCAGCCACCUGCUGACCAUGACCCAACCAACUAUCCACCUGCUGGCCAUGACCCAACCAGCCAGCCACCUGCUGACCAUGACCCAACUAGUCAGCCACCUGCUGACCAUGAUCCAACCAGCCAGCUGCCUGCUAUGAUAACCUUUACACAUGGCACUACUACCAGGCCUUUGACUUUACUGCCACUGCUUCCUCUGCGGCAAGGAAGGGGCAACUACUGGCCAGUUAAUACAGAUAGUUCUACAACAUUUAAAACUUUGGAGCAAAAAUCAAUAAAAGAAAAUUGGCAUUCAGAAAAUAACUUGAAUAAAAAUGAAAUUUUCAGUUCUUCGUCAGUGGUAAGGUUACGUUAUACCACUAACCCAGUAACCCACACUAUGCUUCAUAAACUUAAGACACGAGAAUUGCAUGAGGGGGAAGAGCUGAAUUUGUCUACAUUGUCAGACCAAACUGAUUUUCUUCCUGUGCCCAUUGGUUCAGCUGAUAUGCUAGACAAGCACAAAGAGUUUGAUACUUCAACAAACUCUGAUGCCAGUCACAGCUCAGCAUUACAGCAAGACCAGUUUUUAAACCCUGGUGUCAAUCUUACCAUCAAUUCUUUAUCUUUAUUAAAUGGGCCAACAGACGGCUCAGUAUUAACAUCAGUUCCUGUAAUUUCACCUUCUGUCUCUGAAGACUUACAGCCUAUCACUUUUUCAACUUCAUUUUUACCUGAUUCUUCCAUCACCUCACCUUUAGAUUCAUUUACAAGAACUAGACAGUCCUUGGGUGUGACCAAGUCUAAAAGAUCAGAGAAUUUUCAUAUGGCCAGAGAAGUGAAGUAUGAUCAUACAGCAGUAAAGAAACGUUCAGAUUUUAGAAAUACAAUGCUUCCUUCAAGACUAAUGGUGACUAAUGGCAGUACUGUUGCGGCCAACGGCACAAGAGAUAAGCAUGUGACAUGGGAAGUUGAUUAUUCUCAGUCUGUAAGAGCUUCACAAAACAUAACAUCACUAGCCAGCCAUCAACCUCGCAUCAGACACUCUUGGAGACACUUCCAUCCACGACAUGGUCGUUCAAGGUCCAGGUUACAGAUGAAGCCAAAAUUUCAGAGCCGAGAAUCUUUUAUGAAAAGACCUCAGAAUGUGACAACUGCUACUGGUAAAAGUGGGAGACCAAGACGCCCUGUUAGAAGACGUCCUUUUACAGAGGCUCACAGGUCUGAGAUUGCAGGAACAAAUGCACGGGAGGCUAUGCACUUUCAACAUGGUAAUAUAUUGGAAUUUACAAAUGGAAAACCCAAUAAUGUAACUGAAAAACCUGAAGUUAGACCAGAUGUUCAAGAAGUAAUAACUUCAGCAAGUAAUGCUACAGGAACUACUAGCCACACAGCAGGUUUAAGAAGAGUCACCACCAAUGGAAUACUGCCUCUUAAACAUACAGGUGAUGAGCAUAUUUCCAGAAACAUUUCUACAAUGCUUACAAAAAGAAGACCACAUCACAACAGAAAACCAUUUCACAACAGACAGUGGAAUGCAAGAACUCCUAGAAGAGGAAGAAGAAGAAGAAAAAACAAGGGAAGACUCCUAGGUCAGGAGAAAGAAGAGUCCUCUGGCAGUGUAGUUUUCAUCAGUGGGUCACUACCUGUCCCAACAUCCAUAGUUGCUGGGACAAUUAGAUCAGUUAGCACAAACAGACCUCGUGUAAUUCAGCCAUACCCAAGUUUUGUACAGAAUAAUACCUUCUACUUGCAUAAUAUACGAAAGAAAAAAACAGAAAUAAACAAGGGUGAUAAAACAGAAACAACAGCUAGAGAUGUUGAUGUUAAACCUCCAAAUGUCAUGUCUGAGCACAAGGUGAACACACAUUCUGGGUUCAAAACUGGUGAAGAAAGUGAAGACACAAGUUUAGGGAGUCAUCUACCCAUCACAACACCCAUCAGUGAUUACACCCAGCAACAUAGAUCCAGAUCUCCACCUUCACCUAGGUCAUCAAUAACUCCAUCAACCACACCAUUAAUAUUUAACCAAUUUGAUAGACAUGAAUUAGCAGACAGAGUUAGUAAGAAAAAAGAUGAAGCUGGCUCAGGCAACAAAAGCAGCCAUCAGAUACAGACUGGAAGACAGCAAGUAACACACACACUGCAACUCCAUGAAGUAUCUGCCCAUGUUAACUCCUCUAGUAUAGCAACAAAUUCUCAGUCAAAUGAAGAUAUUUCUGAAACACUGACACAGUUGUCAUACAGAAAACACAAAAUAGAUGCUAAUGGAAAUAAACAAAAUUACCCAGAAUCCUCAGUAAGCAGCUCCAUCACACAGUCACCAAGUGAUGGACAUGUUACCAUCACACAGUCACCAAGUGAUGGACAUGUUACCAUCACACAGUCACCAAGUGAUGGACAUGUUACCAUCACACAGUCACCAAGUGAUGGACAUGUUACCAUCACACAGUCACCAAGUGAUGGACAUGUUACCAUCACACAGUCACCAAGUGAUGGACAUGUUACCAUCACACAGUCACCAAGUGAUGGACAUUUUACCCUCACAGAGUCACCAAAAGUUGAAGAUAACAUGACAGUAAUGGAAACAAAGACCAAAGAUCAAACAACAGAUGCUAAAAAAAAUAUUAAAUAUGAUGAUAAACAUUUUUAUGAUGAAUACCAUUACAAUGAUCAUGACUUGGAUGUCUUGGAACAUGUAAAUUGCCACUCACCUGAGAAGCAGAGUGUGAUACAUGAUUCAAAUACUUUGAGUGCAGAACACACACGUACUUACAAAGAGUCUUCCAUACCAUUGGCAGAUGAUGAGUAUGACAACUUGCAGACUAACAGUACAACACAUUUAUACAAUACUUCAGGAAGCUCUGUCCAUGGAUAUAACAAUUCGGUAACCCCAGAAUAUAUAUUCAGAGAAUUCAUUCCAGAGUCGAGUGUUAGUAUAGGAAAGGAAGUUGAGCCUUAUUACCCUUGUAAGAUUGAUGAGGAUGGUGAUGACACCUUCGACACUGGUACUUCUAAAUUUCCUGCCAAUAAUAAUGCAAACAAAUAUGUGCACAAGGGAGAGCAAAAUAAUUUUAAUGAAAAGCACUUUUCAAAAGCUAAUGAGGAAAACUCUGUGGAGUUUGAAAAUGUUGAAAAUGUACCAGUGAUAGGAAGAAGUGAGGAGGACAGGAAAGGAACGAUUAUAAUCAAUGUGGAUAGUGGCGAUGGUGAUGAAUCUGUGCUGCAUGCCUCAUCUGCAGACAGUGAAUCUGCAUUGCCUUCCUCACCCUCAGAUGGUGGACCUAUACCGCCUGUCUCACUCUCAGGUGGUGAACCUAUACUUCCUGCCUCACCCUCAGAUGGUGGACCUAUACUGCCUGCCUCACCCUCAGAUGAUGAACCUACACUGACUGCCUCACUCUCAGGUGGUGAACCUACACUGCCUGCCUCACCUGCAGAGGUAUUUUAUUUGUGGUUUCGAAAUAGUCUUCAAGAAGAAGUAAUGGAGGCAGUGAUCCCGGCUCCAACACCUGUUCCCUAUGUAAUUCAGCUCAGGAAGGCACAAGAAAUCGAACGUGGGCUGUCAGCCAACUUUGCUCCUGUAGUCUUGGAUAUUUUGGAAUCUGAUUUUAUACCUUUGAUAAAUCCAGGCCCCAGAGAUUCUGAGGACUUUAACGAUCUGGAUAUGGAUAUGUUAACAGACAAAUAUUUUUCUCCACAUAAAACUGAAAACUCGCUAGAUGGUCUUGCAAUGUCUUUGGAUUUGUCUCCAAAUAUCACUAGUUUUGGUGAUUAUGUACAAACAUUACAUGUUGGACAGGAGAAUAAAUCAGCCUCAGGUGCAGACAUGGAAGACCUCCAUAGUGACAUAAGAACACCAUCAGAAGCAGACAUGGAAGACAGUCAUAGUGACAUAAGAACACUAAAAGCAGACAUGGAAGCCAGUCAUAGUAAUACAGGAGCACCAUCAGGAGCAGACAUGGAAGACAGUCAUAGUGAUAGAAGAAUACCACUAAAAGCAGACAUGGAAGCCAGCCAUAGUAAUACAGGAGCACCAUCAGGAGCAGACAUGGAAGACAGUCAUAGUGAUAGAAGAAUACCACUAAAGCAGACAUGGAAGCCAGUCAUAGUAAUACAGGAGCACCAUCAGGAGCAGACAUGGAAGACAGUCAUAGUGAUACAGGAACACCACCUGAAGCAGACAUGGAAGACAGUCAUAGUGACAUAAGAACACU